UUUUAAUUUUUAUGUAUAAUAAGACAUUGUUUGUGGUCAAUUGAGAAAAGUCGUAUUGUCUAAAAGCGUGGUAUUAAUGUUGAAUAAAAAUGUUUAGUAAUUGCAAACGUAAAUAUGUAAAAAUAACAAAAGAUUUGCAGGUGUUUUGUUUAAAUUUUUUCGUUCACAUUUCGGUCGUUAUAUGUUAAGAAAAAUAUCCCCGCUCGCUCCAACAACAAGUACCAACACCUCUGACAACCACAACAACAGCAGCAACAACACCAACUUCUUUAACGAAAUAACGAAAAAAGACAAGAAGAAAGAAAAUCCACAAACAAAAGAAUCAAUCGUCGUAAUUUAAGCAAUAAAACACACAAAAAGUAUCAAUUAUUUUAGUAAACCGCAUAAACAUUUUUGUAGCAUUUAUUUUAAGUCUACCUUGAUUAGAAUAAUUUUAUGUAAAGGAUAGUUAGGAUAAAAAGGCAAAGAACAAAAAAAACAUUUUUAUUUAAAAUAAGUGAAAAAGUGCAAGUGUUUUGACAAACGAACAAAGAGUGAAAAAUAUUAAAUAGAAAACGUGAAGAGGGCUCAAAAUAAGGAUAAAGCAUUAUUGAAAUUUAUAUAUUACAAAAGAAAAAAAAAAAACAAGAAUAACAACAUCAACCAAUAAAAGUGCAGUGGAGUGGGGAGGCAGUCAGGCAGGAAGGCAGACAGUUGUUUUAGCCGUCAUCGAACACCAGAAUAUCAACUACUUCACCUACUAGCGACAACAUUAUUAACGAGCAGUAGUCACAACAACUACAACAACGUUUGCAAUGCGUGAAUUCAAAGUUGUCGUUCUGGGGUCUGGAGGUGUGGGCAAGUCUGCUCUAACAGUGCAAUUUGUAUCUGGAUGUUUUAUUGAAAAGUAUGAUCCCACAAUCGAAGACUUUUAUCGCAAAGAAAUUGAGGUUGACAAUUCGCCAUGCGUUUUGGAAAUACUUGAUACCGCCGGUACAGAACAAUUUGCUUCAAUGCGAGAUUUGUAUAUAAAAAAUGGUCAUGGUUUUAUUGUGAUGUAUUCCCUAACAAAUCAUCAAACAUUUCAGGUAAGUAGGUCCUGUAUGAUCUAUCAUAUUUUGGAGAGUUUUGAAAAACUAUUUAAAGCGAUGAGAUUAAAUGACAGACUAUCUUCCAACCACUUGGGGGGUGUGUCCGGUAUUCACGUAAAGCGUCACCGGCCGGAAAGAAGCGAGAAAAAGGGAAAACAUAGGGAGCAGAUGACGGCCGCAGCCUGGUAGGUGUGAAGAAUCAGUGCGAAUGUUUUAAAUUCAAAUUUUUGCCUUCCAUUAUUACAUGUUAUAACGGUACGGUUACAUGUUACACGGUACGAUAUGUUUCUUUUCAUAUUAUGGUUUUAAAAAAUUUUAUGGCGUCGCAAACGUAACUGUAUUAGCUGAAAACAAAAAAAAUUUUAUAUACUUUGUGUGACUUAUG